AUGGCCGCCGCCGAGGACAGCCCCCCGCCCUUCCCCCCCAGGGUGGGUGAGGGUAUGGCGGCGGCGAGGGGGCAGGGGGACGGGGGGGAGCGACCUGCUUCCCCCCACAGACCCCCACCCGACGCCCUGCAGGAGAGACUGAGGGAGGGCGCGGAUGGCAGCAGACACACGCCGCAGCAGGAGCCCCACGCCCCUCCCCUGCCUCCCGGCCUGGCCCAGCGCCCCCCCCGCCACCCCAGUGCGGCCCAGCUCAACGCCACCCUCGACCCCCAAGCCCGGUUCAUCGUCCACUUAACCCUCACAGCCCGGUUCAACGACCCCCUCACCCCUACAGCCCAGCCCAACGGCCCCCUCGCCCCCCCAGCCCGAUUAACCGCCCUCUUCGGCCCCCCAGCCCAGCUCAACGCCCCCCACACACACCCAGCCCGGUUCACCGACCUCCUUGCCCACCCAGCCCAGCUCAACGCCCCCCUUACUCCCAAAGCCCAAAUAAUCGCCCCCUUCGCGCCCCCAGCCCGGUUCAUCGCCCCCUCAGCCCAGUUGAACGCCCCCAUACACGCUCAUCCCAACUCAACGCCCCCAUCGCCCCCCCAGCCCGGUUCAUCGCCCCCUGAACCCCCACAGCCCAGCUCAUCGUCCCCCUCACACCUCCAGCCCAACUACCAGACUUCCUCGGCCCCCCAGCCCAGUCCGCCACCCCCUUAA